GCUUGUGCUACUAGCCCGCUGGAAUCUGCCAGUCUUGGAUCUUAUUGUGUUUUGUCAGGUGCAGGUGCAGGAUGUACAGCUUUAUGGGUGGAGGUUUGUUCUGUGCAGGCGUGGGGAACAUCCUCCUGAUCGUUUCCACAGCAACCGAUUACUGGAUGCAGUAUCGGCAGUCCAACAACUACAUGCACCAGGGCCUGUGGCGGUACUGCAUGCCGGGGAAAUGUUUCCCCCACAACGACAGCAUCGCCCACCUAGACGCUACCCGUGCCCUCAUGAUCCUCUCUCUGUUGGCCUGUUUCAUUGGCAUCAUCAUUGGCAUCAUGGCCUUCAUCCACUACUCCUCCUUCGACAGGUUUGACAAGACCUUUGCUGCAGGCAUAUUGUUUUUCAUCUCAUGCCUUUUAGUGUUUCUAGCAAUGUCAGUGUACACUGGUGUGACUAUGAACUACUACGGGAAGCGCUACGGAAACUGGAGGUUCUCCUGGUCAUAUAUUAUAGGCUGGGUGUCCGUGGUGCUCACCUUUUUUUCAGGUAUAUUCUAUUUGUGUGCCUACCGGAUGCAUGAAUGCCCCAGGAGCUCCAACUCGCAUUAGGAAACGUCUUAUUCCAUCAUCAGAAAUGAGCCAGGCUGUGUGUGGACUCUCGCCAUCAACACGGUGCAGAGCUCACCUCUGGACCGUGAAGGAUCAAAGUU